AUGGCGCCAAGAAACGUCCUCUUGCUCGUCGCAGACGACUUAGGAAAGCAGCUCGGUUGUUACGGCUGCCCUUACAUCAAAACACCAAACAUCGACAAGCUCGCCGCCGAGGGCACCAGGUUCGAUAAUGCCUUCGCAAGCACAGCAUCCUGCAGUGGAAGCCGCUCCACAAUCUACACGGGCCUUCACACCCACCAAAACGGCCAGUACGGACUCAACAGCGGCAAGCACCACUUCAUGACGUUCGACCACGUCGAGACCGGGCCUACUCUGCUAGCCAAGAAUGGGGUUCGCACGGGGAUCAUCGGCAAGGUUCAUGUCGGACCGGAUGCCGUGUACCCCUGGGAGUGGCGGGCUGAGAGCUUAACCAGAGACGUGUGGUGGUCUUCACAGCGUGCCGCAGAGUUCUUCAAUGUUUCCAAGGAGGAUGGUCGGCCCUUUGUGCUGACCGUUGGGUAUCACGAUCCUCAUCGCGAUCGUACGCGCGGUGGUUUUGGCAAUGAUGAGCCUGUUGAUGAGAGGAUCAAGAGUGUCAGCUACCGGCCAGAGGAUAUGGUUGUUCCCGGGUUUCUCUCGGACACUCCUGGUGUGAGACAAGAGCUUGCAAGUUACGCAAAAGCCAUCAGCCGCCUGGACCAAGGUGUUGGCAUGAUCCUUCAUGAGCUCGAAGAGUCUGGCUUUGCAACAGAUACCUUGGUCAUCUUUAUGAGCGAUAAUGGCCCUCCUUUUUUAAACUCCAAGACGACGCUUUACGACGCCGGCAUACGCCUUCCUCUCAUAAUCCGGCUUCCCGGCGCAGGCUCCUCUGUUAGCCCAAAUCUAGUCUCUUAUGUUGACGUUCUUCCUACGAUCUUGGACUGGAUCUUGGGCGAUGCCUCAGAUCAAGCCAAGCAGCAGCUUUCCGGUCGUUCCUUUUUCGACAUCAUCAACGAAAACCAUGAGCUCGCCAAGUGGGAUCACGUCUUUGGCUCUCACACAUUUCACGAAUCUACCAACUAUUGGCCGACACGUUACAUCCGCACAAGACGCUACAAGUAUCACCGCAAUAUUGCCUGGAGGCUUGACUUCCCCUUCGCCAACGACAUUUAUGGCUCGUUGACAUGGGAAGACAUUCGAAACGCAGAUGAGAAUCCAAAGAUGAUUGGCGAAAGACAGCUCAAGGACUAUUUCUUCCGUCCCGCAGAAGAGCUGUACGACUUGGUCAACGAUCCCAACGAAGUCAAGAACUUGGCCAAAGACCCGAAUCAUAAGGAAGUGCUAGAUGAGCUGCAAACCAGACUGGAAGACUGGCAGAGAAGAACAAACGAUCCGUGGUUGUUCCGAGACGGGAUCUCGGUCCUAUUAAACAAGCACCACCUCGAUGCUGGCUUUGAAGUGCCUGAUAAAUGGGAUCUCGAUAUUGAGCACCCCGAGACAAAGGGCGAUGGGGUAAAGAAGUACCAAAAUCUGCCGUUUGGCGUAACUGGUCCCAGAUCCUAA